AUGCCUUAUCCCUCCCCUUAUCCUCCAAUUGACAUCCCGGUCGUCGAUCUGUGGAAGUUCCUCUUUGAAAACGAGAAGCGCGAGUUCCCGGAUGACAAAGUUAUCUACCAGGAUGCAGACACCCUGCGGUCAUACACCUAUGCCGAAAUAAAGUCCACAGCCAUCACGUUCGGAACAGGUCUCAGGGCUUCGUUCGAUUGGAAGAAGGGUGAUGUGCUGGCUCUCUUUGCACCGAACGACAUCGACAUCCCACCGGUGCUAUGGGGUACGCAUUGGGCUGGUGGUGUAGUUACACCAGCUAAUCCAGCAUAUACAGCUGACGAGCUUGCCUUCCAGCUCAAGAAGACCCGUGCGCGUUUCUUGGUAACGCAUAUGUCCUGUCUUGAUGUUGCUGUGAAAGCAGCGGCAAAGGUUGGGCUACCGGAUGACUGCAUUGUGCUGCUGGGCACGGAGCGGCAUCCGACUUUGAAGUAUAAGCACUUCUCCUCCGUGCGCAACUUGUCCGGUGCAACAAGGUAUCGUAGGGCGCGCAUUGAUCCAAAGAAGGACCUUGCGUUCUUGGUCUUCUCAUCUGGAACAACCGGUGUGCCGAAGGGUGUUAUGUUGAGCCACUAUAACAUAGUGUCAAACAUUCUCCAGCUUAAAGCGGGUGAGGAAGGCAAUCUCACCUGCAAUGGUGGGCCGGAUGGCAAGGGAGACCGCAUGCUGGCUUUUCUCCCUUUCUUUCACGUUUAUGGUAAUGAACUACCCCUUAUCCGUGCAACGGUGAUCUGCAUCAACCUUGCUGACCUUCCCCAGGAUUGA